UUUUCAGUUCUUCAUGUUUUGUUUUGUGAACAGUAUCUGAACUUCCCCAUAUCAUUUUAUGACUUGCCCUUCAACAUUCCUAUUUUCCUAUGACACUCCAAACGAGUUCUGGGAAUCCCUUAGAGUGGGAAGGAAGGCUGGGUUCUGGGAGAGAUACGCAAAGAUUUCUGAUUGGUCAGUUUUUUUAUCGACAACGGUGCUUGACAUCUGAUAAAGCUGAUGCAAGAUCAUCAAAAACAGACCCGUUAUAACAAGCUUUCUUAUCAAAAAGAGUGGAAAUAUCCGGGUGGAAGUUAGAAAGUACUGAAAAUCGUAGAAAAAAUAAAUACAAGUGAAUUUAACUAGCUUUUUAAGAUGAGUGUAAAGAGUCCAAUAUCAGUUUUACAAGAAAUAACUCAACAGAGAGGACUAUGCCCCCCUGUUUACAAUAUUGAACACUCAUUAGAAGUUGGACAUUCAUUUAUAUGUACUGUGGAUGCAAUUGGGAUCACAGCAAAGGCAUAUGGGUGUAACAAGAAAGACUGUAAGCACAGGGCUGCUGAAAAAGCUCUAGACAUCCUAGGAUACAAAAUGAAUAAUACUACUAACAACAAUGAAAUUGUGCCCUAUCAACCAAAAUGUUCACUUGUACCACUGAAUAACAUCUUACCCUUAGCGAACUAUGUGGGGCAGUUGAAUGAGUUUGCAUCAGCAAGACAGUUUCCAUAUCCUUCAUACAAUGAAAAUAUAGGAACCUGUUUGAAUUUUGUUGUAGAAUGUAGAUUUUUAAAUUGGUCAACAACAGGAAUGGGACCAAAUAAAAAGAGUGCCAAACAAAAGGCUGCUCAGCUUAUAUUAGAAAAAUUGCAGCAAGAGGAUAUCUCAACAAUGUACCAAAAAUUUCAAAAUUUAAGCAUUAGUAAAUUUGAAGUUUCGAAAUUAACUGAUGCUAUUGUGGAAAAAUAUAGUGCCUUGCCUAGUUUUGGCAUCAAUUCAUCUAUUGAAAAAAAGUGGAGAAUCCAGUCUUGGACCUGGUAGAUAUUGGAAGCAUUGAGGAGUUACGCAAAGUGCUUAAAUCUCAAGGAUUUGAAACCACUUUAGAAACAAUCCAUAUGGAUCCAUUUUUAGUGAAACUGAAUAUAAAUGCUACAAACUGUUUGAUAGUGGGUCAUGGAAACACAGAACAAGCAGCAUUAAAUGAUAUUUAUCGAAUGGUCAAGUUAAUGUUACAGAACCAAUUUACUUUUGGUGUUUCUUUAUGUGGAAAAUGAGAGUAGUGAGACUUGAUUAGUAUGACACUUUUUAUUUAGAAAGUUUUUAGUUUUAAGAUCCGAAUUUAUUAAUUUCAUCAACAGAUUGUGUAUUACAGUUUUUACUAACGUUUCAGCUGCUUUUAAAGUACAAUAUUAAAAAAUAAUAAGUUCGAGUUGACAACCUUGAUUAUUUUUUUUUUGCUUCUGUUAUAGAACCCAAAACAGCAGCGAAGUAAUGCUCUCAAAAAAGUUCAGUAGUCCAUUUACGACCAGACAAAGCACAACAUGCCCAACAGCGAGAUUGUACAGAUCCUUAUUUUCCUCAAAGGUCUUGGAAUAAUCUAACAAAAUAACUGAUUAUUUUUAUAGAGAGAAGUGCCCGUAUUUUUUCACAAUUCUUUAUUCGCUGGAAGUAUUUGAAUCAUCGUUCGAAUGGUUAAUAUUAAUUCCAGAUACCACAUCUUUGUUUCAAUUGUCUCUUGAACGUGACGUAUGCAAUCUUUAAAAUGGUUUGCCGUCACUCUGUUGACAGCAUCAUAAAACAAAUUUUUCACGUCAGAAAAUUUUAAUGUUCUAUUGUUUGAAGCCACAUAGUUUUUUUAUAUUUGCCCAAAUCAUUUCAAUGGGAUUUAAUUCGCAGUGAUAAGGGGGUCGCUUUAAAACGGGCUUAUUUUGGUUUUUAGCCAUUUCGUCAAUAACAAUAAUAUUAAAACAAUGUCUUAUGAUAGGAGCCAUUGUUGAAUUUCCGCCUUUCUUGUGGACAUUGUGGGAAUUUUGUCUAGUUUUCUAGUGUGGUAUGCAGCAUUAUCAAGUACAAUGACGGCAUUGUCGUCAAGCUUUGGGAGCGUUUCUUUAAACCGUCGUUCAAAUGAACUCCCGUCCAUUUCUUCAUGGUAGUCGGUCGUUUCCUUUGACUCAAAUGCCCAUUGGGCAGUGGGCACAAAGCCAUCUUCACUGCCAAUGUGACAAAUAACAAAUCGUUUCCCUUUUCCUGGAAAUAAUUAUUUCAUAUAGUAUUCAAGAAAACUAAUAAUAGAAGCAGAGUAUCUAACAGAUGUUGGUUCCAAAUCUACCAGAUAUAGCUAAGUUUAUUAGUGUAGCUAAGUUUUCAGCAUGGGCUCAUAGAUUCCGUCUACCUGAGAUCAUUUUUACAGCAUAAAUGACGAAUUGGUUAGAUACAAUUACCUGACAGAUUAUUUAGGAAAGUGGUUAGUCCGUCUAAGAAGGCUUGUCUUGCUGAUUUAAUUGUAGAGUCAGCCCAUACUUUAGGUUUUGUAUGUUCUGUAUUUAUCCAGGUUUCAUCCAAGUAAUAAAUCUUCCUGCCCUGGUCGCGGUAUUCUUCUCCUCAAAAUAAUCACUUGCUCCGUUUUCUAUACUCAAAAUGAAGUUCUUAGUUUUAUGGCCGAAUGACCAAUAGCUACUGCAACGUUUAGGCGGCUGCCGCUUUGCCGCGCUACAUCCUUGUGCCGGGGCGUAAAUGGACUACGAAUAGCGUUUAGUAGUAUGCACGACAUAAAGUUUAAAAUUAGGAAUUAAUGCUUCUCCAAUUGAUGAUACGUCUUUGAUUGAUCCCUACUUUUUUGUUUAAAAUCACUCGGUACGUUGUUAAUAAAAUAUUGGUAAGUUUUUGCAUAUUUUAUGAUAUAUAUAUAUAUAUUUUAUACUCAAUGUAUACAUAGAUCUUAUCCAUGUUUUAUAUAUAUUUUUCAUGAAAUUAUUUAUAUUCAAUGUUCAGUAUUAAAAUACUUUGAAAAAAAGACUUA